CCUGCAUUAAAUGAGCUGCAAAUUAAAAAUUGCCCUGUACUGAUGACAUUUGUCUCCAGCUCUGCAAGUGCAGUCAUGGCAGCAAGCAGUGAAAGUGAAAUAUUGGACUAUACACUCUUUAAUGAAAAGGUUGCCUUCCCCAACUUGGUGCAAGUGCAAAUUUCCAAUGCAGAUGCUUUGAGAAAGAUCUGGCACAACCAACUCCACUCAGAUUCUUUCUACAAAUUACGGGUAAUGAAGGUGGAAUAUGGCAAUCAACUAGUGCAAAUUUUUCCAUCUAACAUAUUCAAGAGACUCGAGAAUCUCAACGAUGUGGUCAUAGGGAAUUGUGAUUCACUAGAAGUGGUCUUCGAUCUCCAAGAGCUGGUUAUAAAUAUAACAGAAUCAAUAACGAGUGAAUUGAGAAAUUUGGAUAUUCGAAACCUCCAAAAUUUGAAGUAUGUGUGGAAUAAGGAUCCCCAACAAGCUCUCUCCUUUCCUAACCUGAGUUCAGUUCAUGUUUGGCACUGUCCAAGCCUGAAAAACCUGUUUCCAACUUCCAUUGCUAAAAAUCUUCUCCAACUUAAAAAACUUGACUUAAGUAAUUGUGGCUUGAAAGAACUUGUUACAAAGGAGGAAGAAGUGGAAACAAAUCCUAAGUUUGCAUUUCCUCAACUCAAGUCCUUGGACUUGUGGAGAUUAAAUGAGCUAAAUUGUUUCUAUCCUGGAUCUCACACACUAGAAUGUCCAGUUCUAGAAAAGUUGGCUGUCUUUCAUUGUGACAAAUUGGAGACUUUAACCUUUGAACCAGUUGACAGCAACUUGCAAGAAACACAAAUGGAGAACGCGCUUUUCUCAUUUAGAGAGAUCAUCAACAACUUGGAGCAUUUAUCGCUAACAAGAAAGGAUGCAACAACGAUAUUGGAAGGCCAGUUUCCAGAAGACCUCUUUCACAUGCUGAAAUUCAUACAGAUAAAUUGCUAUCACGAUGAAUCUGCAGUUUUUCCAUUUGAUCUCCUUGAAAGAUUCCACAGCAUGGAAAAACUUGCUGUAGGGUGCAGUCAAUUCAAAGAGCUGUUCCCACAUGAAGGACAUGUAGGUAAAGAAAAAUAUGUUAAGACUGUCGGGCAGAUACGGCACCUAGAGUUGUAUGCUCUUGCCAAUUUAGAGCAUAUUUGGAACCAAGACUCCCAGUUAGACAAAGUUCUUCAAUCUCUCGAAAUUCUAUCUGUUUGGCGGUGUGACAGUUUGAUUACUUUAGCACCAUCCUCAGCUUCUUUCCAGAAUCUGACAACUAUGGUUGUAAAAUCUUGCAAAGUAUUAGCAAGUUUGAUGACGUCCUCAACAGCAAAAAGUCUGGUUCAGCUUACAAGAUUGAGUAUAAGGGAAUGCGAUAUGCUGAUAGAAAUAGUUGCCAGCGAAGGAAAUGAUGGAUCAAGAGAGGAGAUCAUCUUCAACAAAUUAGAAACGCUGGAACUUCUUUAUUUACCCAGCCUCGUUAGCUUUUGUGCAGCAGAGCACAGCUUCAAGUUUCCCUCUUUGACACUAGUAAUUGUGGAGCAGUGCCCCAAGAUGCAGGUUUUCUCAAGUGGAGUCUUAAGCACGCCAAAGCUACAAACUUUAAGAGUGACAGGAGAACAAGGACAUGAAGGACGUUGGAAUGGCAAUCUUAACGCCACCAUACAACAGUUGUUUACAGAAAUGAAUGCAGAGGAAGAUCAAUCGCCAUCUAUCGAGUGCUGAAGGCGUAAAAAGUCGAUUUUCGUUGUGAUACGAGGCAGUAGAGGCAAAUGGUGUACUCUAUUGAUUUAUGAAAUGGUGGAGGAUCAUUUUAUUUCCAUGUUAUUGCUGCUGUGAAGCUCUCUCUAUAUUUGUAUUUCUUCAAGGAUUCUGAUAUUCAUCUUAAAUUUGUUUUGAAUAAAUUAUAUUUCUGACUUGAAACCAUCAAUGAAGUGCAGAGAUCUUAUUUAAAUUAA